AAAAAUCCUAAAAAGAAUAGUAAUUUGAAUAAUGGCAACCAGCAUAUCAUUAUCGAUUGAAAUAAUCGAUAAAUAGGCGUCGUCUGCUACGUAGGGGUUGUCAAGAAAAACAUCAUGGCCUCAGUAGCAGUUUCUAAAGAUUCUCUUGAAUCGGACUCUGACAUUCACAUUACAUUGGAAGACCAACAGAAAAUCAACCGGUUUGCACGACACAAUGCAAAAUGGGAGGAGCUCAGGGAUGAUCUGAAAAAUAAAAAGGGAGAUCUUCAAAACUUGGAGGAUGCUUCAGAUGAUUUACUCUUGGUUGAUGAUGAAUCAGCUCCAAUUCCUUUCGUUGUAGGUGAAGUGUUUGUUCAUUUCAACAUGGAAGAGGCAAAGGUGAUUUUCUUUUUUCCUCUUCUGUCAAUUGAGAAACUUGAAGAAGCAAAAGACAAAGUGAAAAAAGAUAUUGAAGCCAUCGAAGCUGAAUGCACAAACAUCAAGACUUUGAUGAGCGAUCUGAAGACGCAAUUGUACGCCAAAUUCGGUAAUUCUAUCAACCUAGAAGCCGAAGAGGAAUAA